CUAGCGCCUCUACGAUUGGUGGGCACCGCCAGGGACGGUGACGACCGUGCCGCCGGCGGGAAGCUUUAGCCUCGCUAGUGUUCUCCGGCCGGACUCUGCAGGUGUAUCAGGAGUCCGCAUAAGUUGCCAGGUGGCUGUCUUUCCCGGGAAGCCGCGCGCGGUGUGGGAGCGCACAGCGCAGAACUCGGAUCCCAGCAUGUCGUCGCCGGCGUCGACCCCCAGCCGCCGCAGCAGCAGCCGGCGCGGAUUGGCCACCCCCGCCCAGACGCCCCGAAACGAGGAUGCCAGGUCAUCUCCCUCUCAGAGACGCAGAGGCGAGGAUUCCACUAGCACUGGAGAGUUGCAGCCGAUGCCUCCCUCACCUGGUGUGGACCUGCAGAGCCCUGCAGCCCAGGAUGUCUUGUUUUCCAGCCCUCCACAGAUGCAUUCCUCAGCUAUUCCUCUGGACUUUGAUGUUAGCUCACCACUGACAUAUGGCACUCCCAGCUCUCGAGUAGAGGGAACCCCAAGGAGUGGGGUUAGAGGCACACCUGUGAGGCAGAGGCCUGACCUGGGCUCUGCUCGAAAAGGUCUGCAGGUGGAUCUGCAGUCUGAUGGGGCAGCAGCGGAAGAUAUAGUGGCGAGUGAACAGUCUCUAGGCCAAAAACUUGUUAUCUGGGGAACAGAUGUAAAUGUAGCAACAUGCAAAGAAAGUUUUCAGAGAUUUCUUCAGCGUUUUAUUGACCCUCUGGCUAAAGAAGAAGAAAACGUUGGCAUAGAUAUCACUGAACCUUUGUACAUGCAACGACUUGGGGAGAUUAAUGUUAUUGGGGAGCCAUUUUUAAAUGUAAACUGUGAACACAUAAAAUCAUUUGAUAAGAAUUUGUAUAGGCAGCUCAUCUCCUACCCACAGGAAGUUAUCCCAACCUUUGACAUGGCUGUUAACGAGAUAUUCUUUGAGCGUUACCCUGACUCCAUCUUAGAACAUCAGAUCCAAGUAAGACCAUUCAAUGCAUUAAAGACAAAGAAUAUGAGAAACCUGAAUCCAGAAGACAUUGACCAGCUCAUCACCAUCAGCGGCAUGGUCAUCAGGACAUCCCAGCUGAUACCUGAGAUGCAGGAGGCCUUCUUCCAGUGCCAAGUGUGCUCCCACACGACCCGAGUGGAGAUAGACCGUGGCCGUAUCGCUGAGCCCUGUGCUUGUGGGCGCUGCCACACUACCCACAGCAUGGCGCUGAUCCACAACCGCUCCCUCUUCUCUGACAAGCAGAUGAUCAAACUUCAAGAGUCUCCCGAAGACAUGCCUGCAGGGCAGACGCCACAUACUGUCAUCCUUUUUGCUCACAAUGAUCUUGUGGACAAGGUUCAGCCUGGGGACAGAGUGAAUGUCACAGGCAUCUAUCGAGCAGUACCUAUUCGAGUCAAUCCGAGAGUGAGUAAUGUGAAGUCUGUCUACAAAACCCACAUCGAUGUCAUUCAUUAUCGGAAAACGGAUGCCAAACGGCUCCAUGGUCUUGAUGAAGAAGCUGAACAGAAAUUGUUUUCAGAGAAACGUGUGGAAUUCCUUAAGGAACUUUCUAGGAAACCAGAUAUUUAUGAGAGACUCGCUUCGGCCUUGGCUCCUAGCAUUUAUGAACAUGAAGAUAUAAAAAAGGGAAUCUUGCUUCAGCUCUUUGGUGGAACACGGAAGGAUUUCAGUCACACAGGAAGGGGUAAAUUUCGUGCGGAGAUCAACAUCCUGCUCUGCGGUGACCCUGGCACCAGCAAGUCCCAGCUGCUGCAGUAUGUGUAUAACCUGGUCCCCAGGGGCCAGUACACAUCUGGGAAGGGCUCCAGCGCAGUAGGUCUCACUGCGUAUGUAAUGAAAGACCCUGAGACCAGGCAGCUAGUCCUGCAGACAGGUGCUCUUGUCCUCAGUGACAAUGGCAUCUGCUGUAUCGACGAGUUUGACAAAAUGAAUGAAAGUACAAGGUCAGUGCUGCACGAAGUCAUGGAGCAGCAGACUCUCUCCAUUGCAAAGGCUGGGAUCAUCUGUCAGCUCAAUGCACGCACCUCUGUUCUGGCAGCAGCAAAUCCUGUUGAGUCUCAGUGGAAUCCAAAAAAAACAACCAUUGAAAACAUCCAGCUACCUCACACGUUGUUGUCAAGGUUUGAUCUGAUCUUCCUCAUGCUAGACCCUCAGGAUGAGGCAUACGACAGGCGUCUGGCUCACCACCUGGUCUCGCUGUACUACCAGAGUGAGGAGCAGGUGGAGGAGGAGUUCUUGGACAUGGCGGUGCUAAAGGACUACAUCGCUUAUGCUCACAGCACCAUCAUGCCCAGGCUCAGCGAGGAGGCCAGCCAGGCUCUUAUUGAGGCUUAUGUGGACAUGAGGAAGAUUGGUAGUAGCCGAGGAAUGGUUUCUGCAUACCCUCGACAGCUGGAGUCAUUAAUUCGUUUAGCAGAAGCCCAUGCUAAAGUACGAUUUUCACACAAAGUUGAAGCAAUUGAUGUGGAAGAGGCAAAACGCCUCCACAGGGAGGCUCUGAAGCAAUCUGCAACUGACCCCCGGACUGGCAUUGUGGACAUAUCUAUUCUUACUACAGGAAUGAGUGCCACCUCUCGGAAACGGAAACAAGAAUUAGCUGAAGCAUUGAAGAAACUUAUUUUAUCUAAAGGCAAAACACCAGCUCUAAAAUACCAGCAACUUUUUGAAGAUAUUCGGGGACAAUCUGACAUAGCAAUUACCAAAGAUAUGUUUGAAGAAGCCCUGCGUGCCUUGGCUGAUGACGACUUCUUAACAGUGACUGGGAAAACUGUCCGCUUGCUCUAAGGCUGCUCUGAGCUGUGCUGCUCCUGGCACCUGCCUGUGCAUGUGAGCAGCCUACAGGUGGUCAGUGGCCACUGCUGCAAAUAGAUUCUGAAAAGUGUUUUUCAGCUCCAUAAGUUUCUAACCUGAGUUCAAUUUUUUGAGUAAGGGUAUGUUUUCAUUUUUUAACAUUUUAAAUAAAACUCCUGUGCCAAUUUAUAAACAUAUACAGCAGAGAUUGUUUUCCUGAAGUGCUGUCUUUUAGCAGCAGGGCCUUUUAUUUGUAUGUGUGCACAGAGAACAGCAUGUCAGUCUUUGGACAGGUGGUCUGAGUUUUGCUGGACAUGGUAAUGGCAGAACCAUCAGUGAGUGUGCUUGAGGGUUUUGCAAUGAGAGAGAACAGAAUGUGGCCAGGGUUUGCCAUCUAGUGUGACGUGAGAAAGGGCUAGAGCCUUUGUCCCUUUUUAGGCACUUGAAUAUACUUCUAUUUAGAAGUUUUUUCUUGUGGCUACUAUUAGAUCAGGAAUGUGUGAUUGGAAAUGAUUAGAUUCCAGAUUAACUUCUGCUUUACCUUUAUGUGUAAAACUUUACUAAAUAAAUGAUAGAAUAAAAAAUA